AUGUCAGCAGCAGCGUCUCGUACGAUUAGAAUACCUGAGUUGGAAACUCAAGAUCUCGAUAUAGGGGGUCUUGACUCACCGGAACCAUCAUUAAGCCCGGGAGAUACCGUCGAACCUUCCGUGGAUACUAACAUACGAGAUAUUGAAAAACAUCAGGCAGCGCGCAAGAAAUUUGGUAAAAAUAAUAAAGGACGAGACUCGGAGGCAGGACACGGCGAUAGCCAUAGGCCGAGAAGACGGCGGAGCCACCGCAAGGAAGAACCGAUGAAGAUUGAUGUCCGAUUUGAAGACAUAGGACCAUCCACCGACGAAAUUGUAACUACGACUUUAACUACAUUUCAUGGAUUACCAUUUUCUUUAGAGAAAAGAAAAGUUCAAACAACUCAGUUCAAAAGGAGCUCGCACGGAGGGGAAGACCACAAGAAACCCUCAGGCUCAAAUCGAAUACCUACAGGAACUGACAGAGGCUUGCAUCAGAACAGAGAAGAGGGAGAUUCUGAUAGAAUGACAAAACAUUCCUCCCAGAAAGGAAGUGUCUCGAGCCAAGAAAAAAGCGAGCGCAAGCCAAAAUCUGCUACCAGCUCAAGACACGAUGCCCCGACUCACAGAAGCGCAAGAGACAAUAGUGAGCAGGUACCGCGAGCAGGUUCCCGCCAUUCGAGUAAUUCCUCAAAUUCACAAAACACACACAAAGUCUUUGGUGAUGAGCCAAGUCCGGGGGGGCCCAAAGCCUUGAGUGAGGGACCCGCCGGUGGGUCUUUGAAUGGUAGACCUCCUCGAAGCAAUACUGGAGCUUCCGGUCGUCACAGUUCGAGUGGGAGAGAUUUGCAAAACAAGUACCAACCUAUUAGAGGUCCUCUUCCAAAUCAUGAACAAGAAGAGCAUACUCAAAUAGGUUAUGGAAGAAACGACAAGAAUAAUGAGCCUUAUGCACUUGAGAUUGGGAAACACGAUCAUAAAUCUUCAGGAUCGAUACACUCCAAAGCUAGCACCCCUACUCCUUCAGGAUCGAUACACUCCAAAGCGAGCACCCGUACUUCUUCAGGAUCGAUACACUCCAAAGCUAGCACCUCUUCUCCUCCAGAAUCGAUACACUCCAAAGUUAGCACCCCUACUCCUUCAGGAUCGAUACACUCCAAAGCGAGCACCCGUACUUCUUCAGGAUCGAUACGCUCCAAAGUUAGCACCCCUACUCCUCCAGAAUCGACACACUCCAAAGUUAGUAGCAUCCCUCCUCCUCCAGAAGAUGAACGUACCCAAAUAUUUCGUGGGAAAGUCGCUAAGGAAGAUGAUUCUUCUGCAUAUAUGAUUGAAAGAUAUCUAUCUAAUACGUCAGCAUCGGGAAGCGGCAAAUAUGGUGGUAGGAGAGCUAGUACACGCAAUAGUAUCGCUCCUUCCCACUAUACUGCCUCAGAGCAAGCUCCAUCAAGUCUCGGGGGGGAGAGUGAGUCAGGUCGUGGUAGAAGAGCCCAUAGAUAG